AUGCAGUGCAGAUCGCGCGCCCUUCUUGUCAGCCUGUUGGCCGUGGCUUCAGCAUCGCCCUGCAAGCCAAGGCCUGCCUCCAGCACAAGUGCCAGUGCAACAACAACACCAACGCUGCCGCUUACCGGUACUGGCAGCGAGCUCUCUGCUGCAAACUCCAGCCUGUCAUUGCUCAAAAUCGCCAUUGGUCAUGGGCUACAGAAUUACACCUGUCUCAACAGCUCGGCAGCUGUAAAGGCGCCUGGUGCCCUCGCUGUGCUCUACGACGUCACCGAUCUGUACCCCGGCAUGUCGGGCUCAAGCCUCAUUGCUGAUGUCUUCGACGCCCUCACCACAACCCUGAUCUGGAAUCAGGAUAUUCCGCUCAACCUCCAGAACUCGGAGGCCGCUAACCCAGGCACACCUGCGGUGCCCAAUGCCAUGGCCGAGAGCCUCUACGGCGCCGUUGUUGGCUCGCCAUUUCCCAGCCCAGCUGCGGCUCUGAGCCUGCCGACCGUGUUGCCGGCUUCUAUUCCCUUCCUAGGCCAUCACUACUUUGACUCGGCCGGCUCGCCCACGUUUGACCUUUCUGCCGCCGGCUUGCUGGGAAGCAUGGCCAAGGCGAGCGAUGUGACUGCUCCUUCGACUGCGGAAAAGGGCCCGCUGGGCACCGGUGCCGUCGACUGGCUGGAGCUGAAGGACAACGGCCGUGGCAUCUCCCAGGGCAUCUCACAGGUUUUCCGCGUCAUGACCGCCGGUGGCGUUUCCGAAACGUGCAACAAGGUGGAUGCUGCUACGGGCAGUGUGCCCUACACUGCCUUUUACUGGUUCUACGGUUAA